UCAUAAUCAACCUCAAAUGGUGUUUGCUCAUGUUUUUCUUUUUAUUAAAAAUUUAUUAUUGGUUAAUUUAUAAAAUUUGUAUUGUUUAGAAUUAACUUUUUAUAACAUUUUUUAUACAUUCGGCCAUGUCAAGAGCAACAAAAAGGAAGCAUGUACUUUUGGAAGUAUUCAAAGACGAUUAUUCGCCCCCAACAAAAAAUCAACAAAUAGUUAAAGUACUUAAGAGUAGAGGCAACAAUUUACACGAAGUUGAGGCUGCCGACAAGUCUGUUUUCCUUGCAUCUAUGCCUACGAAAUUUAGGAAGAAUAUGUGGGUGAAAAGGGGCGACUUUGUGAUUACAGAACCAAUAGAAGAAGGGUGCAAAGUGAAAGGGGAAAUCGUUAGAAUUUUAACUCCGCAGCAUAUCAAAUACUUCAAAAACGAUAAUGUGUGGCCGAAGGAAUUUAGCGAAGAGGAAGAGAAAAAAGUUGAAAACGAUGAUGAUGAUAUAUUUGUUAAUCCAAAUAGGCCUGUUGUGGAUACAGACGAGAGCAGUGAUGAACAAGAAUCUAGUGAAGAAAGUGAUUGAAUACUAAGUAAAAUAAAAAAUUAAUAAGUCCAUAAUUAUUAUUUAUUUUUUAUAAUAGAUAAAAUAAUAUACGUAUUAUUAUAUUUUCGUAUUUUUUUUUUCGUUAAUAAAUUGUAUAUUAAUAACUUACAGGAUCAAGUGAAAAAAAUCAAUUAAACAUCCUAAAUUUCGUCUAUUCCUUUAACAAACUAGGUAAAAUUAAAAACCUAAUUUGUAAAUAAGAAGCACGUUCUUCUUUUUUUGUAUCUUGGCCUUUAUCUUCAUGAUCAUACAGCAUAAUUUGAAGUUUUCUAAAAUGUACUAUUAACUUUACAGUAAUAUUAUAGGGUUUCGAAUUGGUUAUAAAAGCAGAACAUUUGAAAUGACAGGUAAAUUUGAAAGGAAAAUAUCAAAAUUUAUAGUUUCCAUAAAACUUCAUAGUUACAUAAGCAAAUACAGAGAAAAGAAGAAGUAAUUUAUGACUCAAAGAAAUAUUAGAGUUUUUCGGAUGGGAACGAAUGCAAAAAUAGACAUCCUAAGUCUGACGUUACAGAGACGGGCGGAGCUUAUACAGACACCAAACAUGCCCAUAAGCAAUUUUUUAUUUAGUAUUUUCUUGGUUUAUGUGAUAAAAUAAAAGUUUUCAAUUGAAUAUAUUGUUGAAGGAACGUAUUAUUUAAGAUGUUUUUAUUUUUUUACCAGAUCCUUUUAUUGUUAAGAAAAUAAUGGAUUUUAAACAUGUCCUAAAACUUUCCAACAUCAGUGAUUUUAUAGAUGCCACAACAAUAUUAUAAAAAGGGGUGAAAACGCCCUAGAGACCAGUCAUUUGAAGAAAAUGGACUUUGACUCUGAUUUGCAGGUAAUCAGAGGGGAUGUAUUUUCUAGUAUGAAAGACAAAAGCUACAAGGUAUCUAUAGGUGAAUACAAUUUGGAUGGUAUCAAAACAAUCCAGUGGGGUAGAACUCAUGAAAAAGAUGCUCUAGAUCAUUUGAUGCAGAUUUAUAAUUUAAAUGUUCAGCUAACUGGAGUAUGGCUUACAAAUUCAGGACUUCUUGGUGCUAGCCCUGAUGGAAUAAUUGAUGAAGAAGAAGCCAUUGUAGAAGUGAAGUGCCCAUAUUCUUUCAGAAAUUAUAAGUUGUCCAAAAAAUUGAGGAAUUUUAAUAAAUAUAUUGUUUUUUAUGAUGAUGAGGGUAACUUGACCAUAAAUACAAGUCAAAAUUAUUAUCACCAAAUUCAAGGAGCUUUACAUAUUUUAAAAAAGAAAUAAUGUUACUUAUGUAUUUAUACCUUGAAGGAAACGGUUGCUACAAUUGUAGAGUUUGACGAUUCAUAGAAAGAAAACAUUUCACUCUUGGAAAAUUUCUAUAUAGAACAAUACUUACCUAAGUUGUUAGACAAUUAAAUAAAAAAUUUUUACAUGUUUUUCAAUGUGAUUUUAGGUUAUUCUACAGUGUUAGCAGAUAGAGUAUACAAUUGGAAAAAUCUUUACUAUUUAUUUUAGACUGAAAAGCCACUCUAUACAAAUUUUUGUUUGCUGAGGAUAUCAGGAAAUUAUGUUUUUUAAUAUGAAAGUACAAUGCUAUUUUGUAUUUGAAUGUACUAUAGUCGAGUGAUUUUUUUUCUAUACAAAAAACUUGUAAAAUAAACUGAAACACUGCUUGUGACUUAUAAUUUAUUUGAAGAUUGUAAAGACUGUAGUCUACUGACAAGAAAUCAAAUUGUAUUUUUUUACUUUAUGAAAAUUGUAGUUGUAUUUACAGGCUUCUAUUAAAUUAGAAAAACAGUUUUAUUAUUACUUUUAACAAUAAUUGUAUUAGAUCAAGUCAUUUAUAAAUUAAGUAAAAUCUAAAUAUACAUUUUUUAAAUAAAAACUUACAAACUUUUUAUAAAAGUCGAAUAAGGAAAUAUAUUGCUACAAUAAAAAAUAUUUAAAACUCAAAA